AUGAAAGUUAACCCAUAACCAUUAGAAGAGCGCUCUCUUUUAGUGAAUAAUAGAGGAGAUAAUAGAUCAAGUUUAGCUUCUGGUCUUAGAGGGAGAACCAUGAGAAGAACUGAUGCUCAAAGAUGCCAAAAUAUUCUUAAGACCAUUGUUGAAGGGAAGGUUGCAAUUAUUGUUAUGUCUCUCGUAACAGUAUAUGCUCUCAUCGGAGAUGAUAUUAGAGUAUGGGCUACGACAAAAGAAGCAGAUCCUUUUUUCUAAAGUGCAUUGAUUGUCUCAUUUGCACUAUUUACUAUAGAGAUUUUGAUAAACUCUGUAGUUGCAGAAGAUUUCAAGUAUUCCUUCUUCUUUUGGCUUGACAUUAUUGCGACAUUGAGUUUAAUUGCUGACAUCAAUUGGAUUUUGGAUAAAAUUGGAAUAUUGCUUGGAUCAACUCCAUCUUAUGAAGCAGUCGAUGUUGAACCUGGAGUUAUGAAAGUAGAGUCAAAUGCCUCAAGCAGAAUAUAAAAAGUUGUAAAAUCAGUAAGACUUAUCAGACUCAUUCGUAUCAUCAAACUUUACAAAUAUAUUGUCCAGUCAAAAAAGGAUGAGGAGGGAUCUUAGCCUAAAAAGAAGAAAGUAACUUACGAAACUACAACAAACGAAGAGGAAAAUGAGUAAUCCCUAUUCAAGAAAGAAACCGAUCCUAGUAAGCUUGGAAAGGCACUAUCUGAUACAAUUACAAGAAGAGUUAUUAUCGGAGUCUUGCUUAUGCUUAUGGUCUUGCCUUUACUAUCAUAUUCAGAAAAUGAUUUUUCUUCCGAAUAUGGUCUUCGAGAAAUAUUUUGGUUUGGAAGAUCUUAGUGUUCAAAAGCAAAUGGAGAUUUUUACUGUGAAAAUGGUAAUUGGGUGACAUAAGAAGGAUGGUUUGAGCUAUUAAGACAAUAUACUAACAGCAGUUUCGCAAAUGAAGGUGAUGAUCAAACGAAAGAGUUGCUGUGGCUUUAUGUUCCUGACUAUAAUAAGGAUGGAAGAAUGGGCUCAAUUGCAUAUGUCCCGAGUCAAGGGACUAAUUCAUCAGUAAAUCCUAUUUGGAAAUAAACUGAUGCAUGCUCAGGUUUUCAAGUAUCAGAUGAUUGUCCUUACAGAUAUGAAGAAAUGGAUCUGAUUUCCUUUAUACCUCAGCAAUGUAUAGACUUUGAAAUCAAAGGAUGUGAUCAGCUGGUUUCAUAUGCAAGAUUUAAUAAGAGAUAUGAAAAGAUUUAAGAAGCUAUUCUAUAAUUUUCGACAACUCUAUUCACCUGCUUUGUACUAACAAUUGCAUCAUUAACUUUUACUAAUGACACUUAAUAGAUAGUCAUUAAACCUAUCCAAAAGAUUGUAGAGAUUAUCCAAAGAUUAGCUGAAAAUCCAUUGAAAAAACCAUCUCCACCUAAGAAAGACGAUGAGGAUGAGAAAAAAAGUUAAAUGAAAACAUAAAUGCUAGAAUUAACUAUAUUCAAGAUAUCAACAUUGCUACAAAGAGGAUUUGGUGAGUUAGGAGCAAGAGUAGUAGCUAAAACAUUUACUAAUACGGAGGAUUAUAUGGAUCUGAUGGUUCCUGGGAAAAAGAUUAACUUGGUAUUUAGUGUAUUCAGAAUAAGAUAAUUUACUGAGACAACUGAAUCUCUGCAAGAUGAAAUCAUCGUUUUCGUGAAUAAAAUAGUUAAAAUUGUUCAUGAGGUUGCUAAGAAAUGGGAUGGAGCACCAACUAAAAAUUAUGGCGACAAGUAUUUAUUAACUUGGAGACUUCCAAAUUUAAAGAAAAAUGAGCAGAUGUUAUCUGGAUAGAGAACUGUACCAAAUUUAGCAAUUAUUGAUGGAAACAAUGAUUAGCUGCUAUCUCCAAAUAAUCAAGCUGCAAAUCUUAACUAGGGACCAGGUGAUGUAUCUGUAAAUUUAAAUGGAACCAUGAGAAUGCCAGAUGAUGAGGGCCCUAAAGAUGAAGAAAUCAUUGAAAAGAGAAUGGAGAUUGCUGAUAAAGCCCUAAUUUCAGCUGUAAAAAUUGCAGUUGAAUUGAGAAGAGCUCAAGAUUUGCAAGCAUACUCAAGGCAUCCGAAGAUUGCUCCUAAGUUUGGAUCAAAUUAUAGGACUAAGGUUACAUUUGGACUUCAUGUAGGAUGGGCUGUAGAGGGAGCUAUCGGUACUGAACAAAAAAUAGAUGCAUUAUUCCUUUCUCCUCAUAGUUAAAUUGCCUUAAAGAUUGAAGAUAUGUGUAGCAUUUAUGAGACUACAAUUCUUCUUAGUGAAGAUCUGCAAUAACUUAUCAGUGAUAAGGGUAAGAAUUCAUUGAGACUUGUAGAUUUUGUUGUAAUGAGCGAAAGAAAAACAGAGCCUAAGGAAAUCUAUACUUUUGACUUGAAUUACACUGAAGCAAUUGAUUCACUAUCUAACUAGCAAGAAGGAUAUGAGCUUGGGGGAUUAGUAAAGCAUUAAGAAUUCGAAACAUUUGAUAUUUCCAAAGAAGAGGGUGUAUCAUACAUGUUUUAAAUUGAUCAUGAUUUCUUAUCUUUCAAGAAGAGUAAGAAGCCAUAACUUGAGGAAGAAUAUAGGAAAGCUUACCGUUUCUAUCUUGAUAAAUAAUGGAGUGAUGCCUAUCAAUGUCUUAACACAUGCUUGGAAAUAUCUCCAGAAGAUGGACCCAGUCAGGCGAUGAGUGAUUAUAUUGAAAAGCAUAAAAAUUUUGCUCCAGAGAAUUGGCCUGGCUAUAGAGAUGUGGAUGAAAAGGAAGCAGCACCAUCAUUAGACUUUAUCAAGGCUGGCUUUGAUGAUGAAAUGAUGGACGAGGGAGAAGAAGAACUUGAUGAUGACGCCUCCUCUUGA